GGUGGGGAGUUCGUCGUACCUGGCUAAGAACGGCAUUCAAUCCAUUCGAGCUUCUACGACCUCAUCUGGACCGCUGCCUACUAAGAAAAGGGUGGAUGAGAGUGAAAACUUGACUCUGGAUGGCAUAAGGCGUUCUUUAAUUCGACAGGAGGACAGCAUAAUAUUUUGCCUUCUAGAGAGGGCUAAAUAUUGUUAUAAUGCAGAUACAUAUGAUCCCAAUGCUUUCUCAAUGGAUGGGUUCCAUGGCUGUUUGGUGGAGUAUAUGGUCCAAGAGACUGAGAAGCUUCAUGCUCGGGUUGGCAGAUACAAGAGCCCAGAUGAGCAUCCUUUCUUCCCCAAUCAGCUACCCGAGCCUCUACUGCCUCCCAUGCAGUAUCCACAGGUACUGCAUCCCUGUGCUGACUCAAUUAAUCUCAACAAAAAAGUCUGGGAUCUGUACUUAAGAGAUAUCAUUCCGAGACUUGUAAAGACUGGCAAUGAUGGCAAUUGUGGAUCGACUGCUGUUUGCGACACAAUGUGUCUGCAGACUCUAUCAAAAAGGAUUCACUACGGCAAAUUUGUAGCAGAGGCUAAAUUCCGAGCAGCUCCUAAUGACUAUAUAGCAGCUAUUAAAGCUCAGGACAGUGACAAACUGAUGGAAAUGCUGACAUACCCUGUAGUUGAAGAGGCAAUCAAGCUGAGGGUGGAAAUCAAGGCCAAAACUUUUGGGAUGGAAAUCACUGUGGGGAAGCCACAAGAUGAUGCAGAUCCAGUGUACAAGAUAAAACCAAGCCUGGUUGCUGAUCUUUAUGGGGAGUGGAUUAUGCCUAUGACAAAGGAAGUUCAAGUUGAGUACUUACUCAGGAGGUUGGACUGAAAGCAGUUUGGUUCACUUAAUGAAAUGCAGCUUAUAAACUCCUGUUGAUUUGCUUUUGUUCUGUAGUUUUUCUUUAUAAGAGGAAAGAAAACAUUAUCAAUGGGGUUUAUCAAAAUACAGUAGCUCUUUGUUUUACUAGGUAGUCCCCACUUUUCUCAAAUUACCUUCCAACCGUGUAUCUCAGCCAAUGUUUCUUGCAGAAUGAACUGAAGCUGAAAAAUAUUGAACUUUUAUCUGAACCAUGAACAUGGGGCUCCAAUUUUUGAAAAAU